AUGGUACCUAAAUUAAUUCCCCUAUCUUCUGAUUGGAAAACACCUCAAGGAGAGGUUGCCACAGCGGAUUUUUUCAAACUCAUCCAGGAUCGCACCAUCGCGUGGUGGCGACAAAAUCAGCGAAAGGACUUGCCAUGGAGGCCAUAUAGUGUUGAUAAGACGAACUCGUUCGAGUUGUGUGAUCCCUAUAAGAUUUGGGUAUCGGAGGUCAUGUCCCAGCAGACCCAAAUGGGCACUGUAAUUAAGUAUUUUAACCGAUGGAUGAAUCAGUUUCCCACCAUUGAGGGAUUGGCGAAUUCUACCGAGGACGAGGUGCGGUGUGUGUGGUCUGGGAUGGGUUACUAUCGUCGGGCGAACUAUCUUAGAAAGGGUGCGCAAUACCUCGUGGGCCAAGACGCGACGAAUAAGGCUCAGGGGCCGGUUGCCUUACCAAAGACCUCAGCUGAGCUAUUAAAGGUGCCUGGAAUUGGGCCAUACACCGCAGCAGCAAUUGCAUCAAUUUGUUAUGGAGAAACAACUACAUCUGUGGACGGUAAUGUAUUUCGAGUCUUGUGCCGACUAAGAGGUGAACGACAAAUGGAUCCUAAGGUACCCAAAAACCUAAAAACCGCAUAUUUAUGGGGUCAGCAGUUGAUGCGAGGUGGGGAAAAGGCCGUGUGUGCAUUUCCUGGAGAAUUGAAUCAGGGCUUAAUGGAGCUAGGUGCGUCGAUUUGUAGGCCAAAUGGACCGCCUUUGUGCAGUGAAUGCCCACUUCGUAAUCAGUGUGUAGCAUGCUUUGAGUAUGAAAAAAAGGAAAUACCCGCUAUUGAAGGUAUUAUACCUCUCCACGGGACGUCUUCCCCUAAGCGCAUGGAAGAAGUUCUAACGGUUAUACACGAGUUCACAAGUGUGGACCACAAAACGAGUCUGUUUGUGAUGGUCCAGCGCCCCCCAAAUGGGUUGCUUGGUGGGAUGCUAGAGUUUCCCUCUCUCACCCUCAGCAGCACUAUAUGUGAUGAGACUCAAAAUUUCCUCAAGGAAGCUGAGGCUCUGGCAUUUCUUUCAUGCAUAACCAAGAACGACACAUCUGAAUGUCUUUUUAUACGUAAAACCGGUAAAGUUGUACAUAUUUUUUCCCACAUUAGGAUGACGAUUCGUGUGUAUCACGCUAAAUGGAUUAGAAAAUGCCCCGAUAAACUUUCAAAUUCCAAUGAGGACGAUGUUAUUGCUCGCUUAGCGAAUGGCUUAGAUAAAGCAAAGGGGUGCAGCAAUUCUCGCGCCUCUAUUUUUAUUUUUCCCAUCGAUAAACUCAAAUCCUUUGGCUCCAGUAGGCUACUUUUAAAGAUCCUAGACACUGCUUGUCAAGUUGAGCAAUCUCGUGAGCCACAGGGUAAUGAGCUGAAGAAAAGAAAGUUGAAAGAGUAA